AUGAGUGCCAAUAAAAAGGUUGAUAAUGACGGUAAAAUUCACUUGGAAGCUGCAUUAGAUUUGGCAGGUUUUGGUCCUUACAGCUAUAUUAUGACGAGUUUAACUGGUUUCAUUAUUAUUUCACACGCGUGUAUUGUAUUCUCGGCCCCCAUCAUCAUUCCUGCAAGCGCGUGUGAACUGAAGACCACCAACUCUCAACAAGGAUAUAUAGCAGCGGGACAAUUAUUCGGUAUAAUACUGGGCGGCGUUGUUGGUGGAUACUUGGGUGACAAGUUCGGACGGCGUCGAGUACUACGUUUUACGCUCAUCUCGGGGGCUGUAAUCAACGGCAUCACUAGCAUCUCCGUCAACUGGAUCAUGCUUUUGACUAUGCAAUCCCUCGCAUCAUUUUGUGCAGCAAGUAUAUUUCCAUUAUCUAUGGCCUUCCUCAGUGAGAGCGUUCCUAAGGGUAAAAGGAACCUACUGGUCUUAUUGGUCAACAGCAUAUCCAUAAUGUCUCAAGGUAUUCUGGCAGUAAUCGCCAUACCCAUUAUUCCGCUACCGUUCUCUUUCUACAUUCCCGCUUUGGGCAUCUACUGGAACUCUUGGCGAACUUUACUCUUCGUCUACUCUACACCAAGUCUUCUUUCUGCUCUAUGGUUGUGCUUCACAUUGAAGAGCCCAAAAUAUGUGUUUGCGCAAGGACUUGAAGAAGAAGCUAUAGAUAUUAUAAAAGCUAUACACAGAUGGAACAAUCGGAAAACUGUAAAAGAAAUUCAAAUAAAGGGUUUGAGAUUGGAUGCAGAACAACUUGACGGACCGACGUCAUCAAAGAACCAAAUCGUUCCAUUAUUUAAAACACCCCUCCUGAAGUACACCGUGAUCAUGACUACGAUGUUUUUGUUACAACAAAUUGGAUCAUUCACAAUCUGGAUGCCGACAAUUGCGAAUCAUUUCGUGGAGAUGGUGAAAACGGGAGUAGGCACCGACAAGAGUCUGUGUAACAUUAUCAGAGACAGCAUAGAAGCGCCGGUUGAUCAAGACAUAGCACCGUGCGCCCUGAAAGUAACAUCACUACUGUUUGUUUUGUCGGUGGGCGCUCUGCAGUCGUUGGUUAACGCUUUACUAAGUUUGGUCGUGAACAGAGUUGGCUACCGCAACAUGGUAAUAUGCGUUACAAUUGUGUCUGGAACGUCGGGCGUCAUAGUCAACCUCAUACCCAACGCCUACACUAGCGCCUUUUUCUUCAUGAUCUUCGUGACCGGAGUCUUGGUUACGGGAAUGUACAUGGCCAUUGCCGUCACAUUGUUCCCUACUCAUCUCAGAGCACUGGCUGUAGCUCUAACCUCGACUGCAGGAAGUAUUGGAAUGAUUGCCUCGGUACAGAUCCUUAAUCUGCUGCUCCAGAUCAACUGCAAUGCUGGUUUCUAUUUAUUCAGUGGUCUUUUUGUUGCAUCAGCAUUCAUAGCCGCGUUAUUACCUGAUGACAGAUAUUUAAAAGAAACAAACAAAAGACGGAGAGAAGAGUAA